GUACGCUAGCUCGGCUCGGAGCUCAAAGCCUUUUUUGGGUCGUACUGCUGCGGGAAACCAACCGUUCGCAGCUCGUGAGCGGCUGUACAACAAUGGAGCCCAUGCGCGGCCCCGGAGCGCGCCCGCAGCGCAAGCGCAAAGCCGUGGACUACGCAGCAGUCAAUGAGGGCGUCGAGAAGGUCGGCCUUGCGUCGCGCUGGAUCCCGCACCUCGAACGCACAAAGGAUGAGUUCCUGGAUGGCGCAGCGCUAGGCGUCGCGCGGCUCGCGACUGGCAGCGACCUAAACGACGCUUGGGCCCGGAAGACGGACCUGCGCACGCCCGCAAUUAUUGAAUCGACGGAGGGCCUGGGUAUGACGCUGCCGGAACCGCACUUCAUGGUUCGGGACGUGGCCAAGGUUAUCGGCGAAGAAAAGCCGGUGCAGGUCAUGCGGUCGCGCGACCAGACGAAUUUAGAUCAUUGGUCCCUCGGCGACUGGAGCCGCUAUUAUGAUGCUCCGCGCCGUCAGGAGGUCCUGAACGUCAUUUCGCUCGAGUUCUCGCGGACGGCGUUGGCCGGCCAGGUUGUGUCGCCGGAAUUCGUGCGCAAGCGAGACUGGAUCGACACGGCGUGGCCCGCGAAUUUGAGGGCCCAAGGUCACUGGCCUCAGGUCCAAUACUACUGCUUGAUGUCCACCGCUGGAUGCUACACAGACUUCCACGUGGACUUUGGGGGCACUGCUGUGUGGUACCACGUCUUCCGGGGACAGAAGGUUUUCUAUUUAAUCAAGCCCACGCCUGAGAACCUGAAAGCCUACGAAGCCUGGAUCUGCGACGCGAAGCAGGACUCGACCUUCUUCCCAGACACGAUCGGCGGCCCGACCGAGUGCGCGCGCGUCGAGAUCAACGCGGGGCAAACGUUCUUUAUACCGAGCGGUUGGCUGCACGCCGUGCUGACGCCCGUCGACUCGCUCGUCUUCGGGGGGAAUUUCCUGCCGGGCCUGGCUACCGUGGACCUGCAGCUCGCGGUCCGCGACAUCGAAAAGCGGACGCACGUCAAGAAGGAGUACACGUUCCCCUUGUUCGUGCCGUGCCUAUUCUUCGGGCUCGCUACAGCGUUGGUCCGGCUCAAGACGACGGCGGCGGCCGCGCAGCUCGAUACGCUCGUCGCCUUAACGACGCGCGAGGACAAUAAAGAUGUGGACGUGUCGACGACGCCCGCGCCACUCACGGCACGCGAGCACCGAGGCCUCGCCGCGCUCAUUGAGGCCUGCGGGGCCUGGGCGGCCGACGAGGCGGCGUGCGACGACCGAGAGCGACCGUUCUUGACGCUUGCUGCCGAAGCGGCCGGAUGCACCAGCACGACGGAACUCGUGGAAGCAGCACGUGAGGCACUCGCCGCGGUCCCUGAACCGAAGCCCAAGUUCACGAUCAAGCUCCAACGCGGCGCUGACGACGAAGCGGCGCCCGCGCCGCCGCCGAAGGUUGUUUUCUCGCCCGCGGCGUCGUAUGGCGGCGCGCGGCCGGGCUACGUAUUCAUGACGGGUAGCAAAGGCCUCGGCUACUACAUGGAGGGCACCGAGGCGCCGCCCGCCCCGGCGGCAGCGCCGCCGCCGCCGGUUCCGGAGGAAGCUCCCGUCCGCUACCGCGCGGGGCCGGCGUGGGACCGCAUGGCCCCGGCGCCGGCGCCACUCGACGAGGACGACGCCGAGUUCGAGCUGGCCGCGGCGGAGGAGAGGAAACGCGCCGCGCCCCGGCCGAGAAAAGCUCCGAAGCCGGCGGCCGUGCCCAAGCCGGCCCCGCGUCCGAGCCAGUGGGCGAAGGCGCCCGGGCACACCGUGGCGAAAAAAGGGACGGGCACGGCCAAGGGCCGCCUCCUCGCGAAGCUAGGCAAGAAACGUCGGUAAUUUGAAUCAAUA